AUGAUGAUGGGGUACUUCUGGGCGCCGAGGAAGUCGGCGGCGGUAGAGAGGGACCAGAGCCUGCGGGCGGGGCUGCUCGUCGACGGAGGCAGCGGCGAGGCGGCGGCGGUGCCCAAGGGGUACUUCGCGGUGUACGUGGGCGCGGAGGCGCGGCGGUUCGUGGUGCCGAUGAGCUACCUCCACCAGCCGGCGUUCCGGGCGCUCAUGGAGCUGGCGGCCGAGGAGUUCGGCUUCGGCCAGGCCGGCGGGCUCCGCAUCCCCUGCCGCGAGGAGGACUUCGUCGCCAUCGUCGCCGCACUCGAGGCCACGGCCGAGUCGCGCCAGCGCCGGCGGAGCGCCGCCGGCAGGAAGAGCAGGAGCAACGCCACACCAUGGUGA